UGGGUUUAUUGGUUUAGGUUGGGAUAGAGAUUCGAUUGGAAGACUUUUAAGCUCAAGAUAAGCGUCUCCCAUUACCCCAUCUACCACUCACCACUUCAAACUGACCGACUUCUCUUUUUUCUUGGAAAAAAAAAAGUUUUCCUAGAAAAUUUCUGUUUAGCUCUAGAUGAUAAAUAUCGACCAAGAAGAAACAAGUAGCGUUAGAGAAAUCAGACCAAAAAGCAGAAGAAUCAUGGGAGGAGGAGGACCAGAUGAUGAAGAUGAUGAGGAUGAGGAUAUGAAGUGGCCGCCAUGGCUGAGACCACUGCUUCAAACAAGCUUUUUUGGUCAAUGCAAGCUGCACCCAGAUGCUCAUAAGAGUGAAUGCAACAUGUAUUGCUUGGAAUGCAUGAAUGGAGCGCUUUGUUCACUUUGCCUUGCUUAUCACAAGGACCAUAGAACCAUUCAGAUAAGGAGAUCAUCGUACCAUGAUGUGAUAAGGGUUUCAGAGAUUCAGAAACUGAUAGACAUAACAGGGAUUCAAACAUAUAUAAUAAACAGUGCCCGGAUAGUGUUCUUGAAUGAAAGACCACAGCCUAGGUUGGGCAAAGGUGUUACGAAUACCUGCCAUGUCUGCCACCGCAGCCUCCUUGAUUCCUUCACCUUCUGCUCUCUUGGUUGCAAGGUGGUUGGGACAUCGAAGAAGUUGAUUAAGAAAGGAAAAUUAUCCACAGAAAUGGAGUACUCAGAAGGUGUGUCGCUAAACAUAAGUGUUAGCAUUGAGGGUAUACAGAACAUACAGCAAAGCUUCACGCCAUCGACGCCGCCACCUACGGCCAGGAGGAGGAAGGGAGUACCUCAUCGAGCUCCUAUGGGAGGCUCAUUAUAGGAUAGUAGUAUAAAUCUUAUAGUCAAAACUCUUUGUUAUAGUAUUGUGUAUAUACAUUUUACAGAAAAGAGAAAAGAUAUAGGAAGUAAUGUCGACGUCUGAGCCUUUGUGUUUUGAGGCCGGUGUUGGAAUCCCAAUCACACAUACAAGAAAAAAGGGAAAUAGUGAAGAUAAAUAAGGGGAAAAGUUUUAAGAUGAGUAGGUUGAUGUGCAGCCUUUUGAUACUGUAUUCAUAUUUGUAUAUAAUUUUAUAUUAAGAUGAAGCAGAGUUGAUAAUA